ACCUGAACUGAGCUCGUAUCGGCAGAUCAGGGCCCUGGCAUCACCCACCUCGUCGUCGUCCACUACUUCAUUCUCUUCAAUAGCGUCCCGAUCAUGCACCGCAGGUCGAUCUGCAUGGAGCGGCAGAUGGGUGGUAAUGUUGAGAUAUACGGACCCAUUUCGGUUGCCUCUUCUCCACGGAAGCCAACUCGUGCUGCGCGCUACCUCUCAGCUGAAAGCAUCGCUGCAGCGCAUCGCAGGCCUGCUCAAACUCAAUUGCGUCGAGUUCCAUGGGUGGCAGUAGUUGACGCAGGUUGCAGGUUGACAAAGUGGGCAGCGUAUAGGUGUAGCCGUCAUACACGCGCCAGCAUUGACCCCGUCUCCGUCGCCAUCUCCGUCUCGACUCCACUACUUCGCCCCUUGCUUGUCAGGAUGCCGGCCCAGACUGAGAAAAGCAGCUCAAGCGAAACCGCGGAUGUAGCCGUUAUGCUGCCCAAGUAUUACUCGCAGGGCGAAGAGGCCGAACCAAAGCGCACUCGCCACUCGCGCCUGUCGCCGCCUCCCAACGGCCGUCUUAAGCAGGGACCGUUGCCUUCGCCUGUAACCCACAAGGAAUCCACCGGAGACGCUUCGGAAGGCUACAAAGAAGGUACACAGAGUCCCCCGCCUAGCAAGCCAAGCCAGGCACGCGGUGGUCUCUCGUCGCCCCCAUCCGACACCCAGCCCUUCUCCCAGUUUGUCUACCCGCCCGACAGCCGGACGUACGCCGUAGAAGAUGAAGAGGAAGAGGAAGUCUGGGGCUACCUGGUGCCUAUGGAUGGCCGGGACAAAGACGUGCUAGUAUUGCGCCGGCGACAAGCCUGUCCGGUCCCUCAGGCACUCGUUGGCCAGACCGAAGGAACAGAGCGG